AUGGCUCCGCCGGGCAAGCGCAAGAGGCCAGAACGCUCCGAUACAAUUGACAGUAACAGCAGGCCAUCGCCUCACAGGCCCCAGAAUCUCGGCCUUGCCAAUGCGCAACAGCAAUCGCAGCAGCAGCAGGCCAACAACUCUCCUGCUUCCAGAAGGCCAAGCAGGAAUCAAGGUCGAGGUGUACCGAGCACCCCUGGUAGUCCUAGCGUUGCGCCGUCUUCGGGAACCAUGGCUCCUCCCGCAGCACCGCCGCCGCAGAACAGGGCUCCGCCGGCCGCUCAAGCUGCUCCUGCUCAAGCCAACCCGCCGUCGACCCCUCAAUCGAAUGUGCCAGCUCCAACGGGUCAAUCGCCGCAUUCGAACCAAUACGUCACCCAGGAGCGCGUUGAUACAUGGAGCAGGCAAGGACGAAAAGCUGUCAUCGAGGUUGGCGCUCAGGCGCAAGCGGAAGGCGACAUGCUCACGCUCUCGCUUGUGUUCGAAGAAAUCAUACAAUCCGCGAUAGACCGUGUGCUGGAUCCGGUCGAACUUGGGUCCACAGUGCAGGAGAUUCUGGCCAGACCCAAGUCGGACGCCCUUGAUCCCAUACCUCUGUUUCUCGAAACCGUCAGUACAAUUGUGGAGAUGAUUCAGCCUCCUGGUCCUGUCAAACCUGUAUCUACUUCACUUCCCGAGCCCAUCAAGCCUAUGCUGCAAGCUACUGGUAUUGACACGGCUCAUAUGCGGAGCAUAUUCCCGGAAAACGUGCUUGUUCCGUUGGAGCUGGUCAACCCUACGUUUCCGAAAAUGGCGAUACGAAAGGCCACGAAUGCACUGUACCUUGCGUCGAACUACAAUCUUCUCCGUGAGGAAUCGGAAGGAUACUCGAAGCUCAUCACGGAAUACUUCACGACGGUUCAGAAUCAGCCGCCUUCCGAAGAUGUUGUCAUAAGCACUUUUCAGCGAGUAAAGGCGCUGAUUGGGGCUUUCAACCUGGACGUCGGCAGAGUCCUAGACAUUACAUUGGAUGUAUUCGGCACCUUACUUGUUAAGCAUGUAAGAUUCUUCGUCAAAUAUCUCCGGGCGAGUUCCUGGUGGCCUGAGCAGAGCGUACCGCAUGGCAUUUCGUGGGAAGAGCCCCUUAUUUCAACCUUACCGCUCUGGGCAUCUCCAGGAUUCAAGAAAUGGACCUAUAGCGCGGAAGACAAGGAAGGACAGCUGCGACUUCGACGCGAACGUGAUCGGUUAUUCUGGGAUCGUGUGGAUGCUGUCGGAUUCAAAGCCUUUUUCGAACUUGGUUCGCGCAAGAUUACAAGCGGCGCGCCAUCCGAAGAAGUCAUCGCUUCCAUGGCCGCUAGUAUUGCAAAUAUGGAGAAUGUCAACGCAACGGAAGUGCAGAAGGACACGAAGAAGAAGGAGUCUACUUCUGAUUUCAAGCAGAUCCGGGAAUGGGCGGAAGAGUGGAUGGCACAAACCGGCACGCUACCUCCGUCAGGAAACCGAAUCGCGGCUCAGCUGUUGGGGUUCAAACUUCGGUUCUACGCCUCGGACACCCGCGAUGCUCACGACGUUCUUCCGGACAAUCUAAUACAUCUGGCGGCACUUCUCAUCAAGAUCGGUUUCAUCUCGUUGGCCGAUCUCUAUCCUCAUCUGUAUCCGUUGGAUCAAGACAUGCUAGCCCACAAAGAUAAGCUUUUCCAGGAGAAGGCAAAAGCAGAGGGAAAGGCGAACGCAACGCCUCUGAAUGCUCUGGCCAUGGCCGCUGCUCUUCCGGACGAAACCCUGCCGGCACCCGUGUCCCGCCUACGAGACGCUGAAAGCAAGGCGAAUUCCAAGUCCGCAUCUGAAAGAGCAACACCAGCGGCAGAGGAGGAGCAGCAGCCGAAAGAAAAACUUCCUGAACCUGUUGAUCAGAAGAUCGCAUUGCUACGCAGCUUACUUUGUAUUGGGGCCCUACCGGAAGCCUUCUUUAUAUUAGGCAAAUUCCCAUGGCUCCUUGAUGUCUACCCGGAUCUCCACAGAUAUCUUUUCCGCCUCGCGCAUCACUCGCUGAGCGGGGUAUACCAGCCUUCGGACGAACCCCCACUGGAAUCCAAACGCGCACAACCGAACGGAAGUCCAGCAAACGGAUCAUGUCCCAGCGACUACGUUCCUCGGCGAACCCUGCGGUGGGCAAAGCUUGAAGAGAAGGAUGCGGGUGACGGGAUUGAUUAUCGGUUCUAUUGGGACGACUGGUCAGAUAACGUCCCGGUGUGCCAGAACGUAGACGAUGUCUUCAGACUGUGUAAAUCACUGCUUCAGUUCGUGGGUCUCGAAUGCGGCAAGGAUGCCGUGCUCCUGACGAAGCUGUACCGCAUCGGGCGGAAGAGCCUUGCCGAGGAUCCCUCCGAAGACAACUAUAACCGCUGGAUACUCCUUUCCAAGAAGUUUCUGGCGCCUGCCUUGACAUUUUCAGGUCGAAGUCCGGGUGUUGUCAACGAGGCAUGGGAGCUUUUCAAAAUUUUCGACACAGCGACACGGUAUUCCAUCUAUACCACUUGGUUCACUAGGCGUGACAGGUCCGAUCCAAGAGCUAGACCGUGGGCAGCCCGUCUGGAUGUGGUAGCCGCAAAUUUCCAGGAACUCGACAUCGAAACGAAGCGUAUCUUCCGGAGAAUCAGCAAAGAGAACUGGAAGGAGAUGGGGAGACUGCUAGCGAAACCCGCCUACGCUACGCCCGGCCUUGUCUUCGAGCUGGCUCUAAAACAGGCGGAGAGCUACUCCAACAUGACGGAUUCGCUUGUGGAGUGUUGUCGAUUCGCCACAUUCCUAGGUUUUGACUCUUUAAACUGGGCUUUCAUCAACUCCUUGUGCAAGCAACGGAACACUAUGCGGAGUGAUGGCAUGUUGGCGGAGAAUUGGCUGAAAAACACUGCCCACUUUAUCGGCAGAGCUUACAGGCGUUAUAGUCUCAUCGACCCCACGCCGAUACUGCAGUUUGUUGCCGAUAGGCUAUUGCAGGGGAAGUUGUUCGUCAUGGAGAUUCUUGAGCAGCUCCUCACGUCCAUGGCGGGCAUAGGCCCUGUUCUGUCCCUUACCGAAACUCAGGUCCACGGUCUUUCGGCGGGCCCAUUGUUAAGGGCUUUCACUCUGGAGCACUACCUGGGAGACAUGCGCCAUCUGAACAAACUCAGCUCUAGGAGGCUGUUGAAGUGUCUUAAAGAUGCAGACUUGGCUGCUCAGAUUCUUGUUUCCCUCGCCAUUGAACUUGAGCAGUACGUCUUUCGACCCGAGUUCGAAGAGGCGGGCACGCCGCUGAAAGUUAUCGGUACCAACCUUGAUCGGUUACGCUCCAACUUCGACCAAUACCUCGAUUUCCUCCAGUCGUCCCUCACGAUCGACGAAUUUGAUGCCAUGGUUCCUAGAGUGGUAGAGUUGAUCUCAGAGUAUGGUGUCAGCCCUAGCAUCGCGUUUUCUAUUUGCCGUGCAAGCAUUUCCGCCAGGAUUAAUGCGGCUAGAAACAAACGUCCUACAUCUGCUCCCGAGCCGGCGGCCACCGAGACCGAGCAAGUCAAUGGUGACACGACCAUGAGCGGCACCGAGGAAGCGCCUGCUGCUGACGAAGCUGGAGAAAAGUCUCAAGCUAGAUCGGAAGACACAGAAAUGAAGGAUGCCAAUGUCAAUGGUGACGUGGAAAGGAAGGACCGGCCGACAACUGAAAACCCAACGAGUCCCGACGGUCCUCACAAUCCCGCCCUAUUUGACCAGCGGCAACAAAAUCCGGAAAUCGAUUCGAUAGUCAAGUCACUCCAAGCGAAUGUGCCGGACGUCUAUGGCAGCCAUUUGUGCCCCACCUUCUUCGUGACGUUUUGGCAACUCUCCCUGGUUGAUGUUUUCACCGUAACCCCGAUGAAGGAGAUGAAGUUGUACAACGCAGCUUCGAAGCAUUUCCAAGACAAAGCAAGCCAACUCCCGCCGUUAAGUCGCAAUGUCAGCGGUGAAGCUCGUGCACGGCGCGAUGCAGAAGUUCAAAGCUACCAUGACCAAGGCGCCGCUUUCCGGGAAGAAAAUAAAGCCAUGUUGACGCACGCGCUUCAGAUGCGGAAAUACUUGGCAGAGGAGAUGCACACCUGGUUCACCGGGAUACCGAUGGUUGACGCAAAGUCGGUGGAGCUCUACGACACACUCCUCCAGGACUGCUUCCUUCCUCGAAUUCAGCUGUCGCCCCAGGACGCUCACUUCGCCGCUGCUAUGUUCAAGUACAUGCAUGACAUUGGUGUUCCUGGCUUCAGGUCGAUGAAGUUCCUGGAUCAACUCUUUAGACGGAAGCUCCUUACCAAUAUCAUAUUCAUGUGUUCAGAACGCGAAGCGAGCAACCUCGGACGAUUCCUGAACGAUGUGCUGAAGGAACUCAACACCUGGCACUCUAGCCAAGCAAACUACAUCAAAUUCUCACAAGGUUCCAAGAAGAACUCGCCUGGUUUCGGUAAAACUUUCAAUGCUGACCGGUCCCCAGCCACCUUCCUUGAUUUUGCGGAGUUCCAAAGCUUGCUGAACAAGUGGCACGACCAGAUCUACGGUGCCCUGAAGGCUUGUCUCAAGAGCGACGAGUAUAUGCAUAUUCGGAACGCUAUCAACGUCCUGAAGGCUGUUGCCCCCAGCUUCCCUAAGAUCGAUUCUAUGGGCAAGGCUAUUUACCAGAUGGUUCAUGACGUGUCGGAGAACGACGAAAGGGAAGAUAUCAAGCUUGUGGCGACGUCGGUAUUGGGUGAUAUCAAGAAGGGUGACAAGCAAAGGAUGCCAUUGCAAACAUUCAAUCCACAGGCAAAGGUGGCCGUGCCAGUCAGCGCAACGGGGGCUGCGAAGGUCGCUGAUGCUGGACGCUCGGAAACUCCUCAAGAGGCCACUGCACGACUUAAUGCCUCAGCUCCCGCGUUCACCCCGCGGACAGCACAGACGAAUGGAACACCACAAAGUCCGCCCGCGACAGUCAGCACUCAGAAGGACAACAAGCCUAUUGAAGAAGCAAAACGUGCCCUCCCCGCUAGAGCGGCGCCUGAGACCCGUGUGAAUGCGCCAGAGCCUGCUCGACCCACCCCACAAGCAGAGACGCGUCCACCUGUCCAACCUCCGCGGGCAGAUAGGGAGAGCAGCACUCGAGGUCCUCCACGGGAUACGCAGCCAGGACCGCCUACACCUCAGGCUGGCCCAGGAGUACCUCGCCCUGAGAGCCGCGGCAGCACAGGUCAUCAGACCCCUGGAAAUAAGGUCAUUCCCGGCCUCCCCCCUCGACCAGAAACCCAGCCUUCGCGACCACGUCUAAGCGAGCGGGCCGGUAGUGAUCGAGGACCUGACUAUAACGGUGCUCCUCCUCGCCCUGAUGCUCGACACAAUGGGGCUCCAGAUUUUGGGCGGCCCGACCGCGAUACCCAGCGCGAACAUUCCAUUCGGGAUAUGCAUCAGCGGGAGCCGUUCAGAGAACGACAUGAAAUGUCACCCGGACGUGGCCGCGGCCGGACUCCACCUCCUGAGCGUAGAGAGCCUGGCUGGGGUUCAAGAGAUCUCCGGGACGAGCGAGAACCGCGCGACUCGCGAGAGUUUCAUGACGAACGAUCCAUGCGGCCACCACCGCGAGACAUGCGUCCCGUCCCACCCCCUUACCAUCAGCGAGACGCACGAGAUAUUCGGGAUACCAUACAUGCCAGGGAGAUGAGAGACGUACGUGAACGAGAUCCCCGUGGUCCACCGCUCCCACCUGCAGAUGGACCUCGACGUCCCCAUGGUCGCGAAUUACCUCCGCAAGAAGAUGUUGUACCUUAUCGACGAGAUUUCCCGAACCAGUCCCUGAGGGUCGGGGAUCGCGGGCCAAGCCAUGUUAUGCGUGACAUGCCGGAUAGACCGCCUCUGAAUGGAACCCCUUCGGCGGGCGGUAGGCUGCCUCCUCGCGGAGAGCGGGAUAUGAUGGAUCCAGGGCGAGCUAAAGUCCUGGAAGAAGAACAAGCAGCCAACGAUUUCCGUUCCGAUAGGGAAAGUCGCCAUGGCCGUAGCUCUCGCGGGCAGUCUCCCGUGCCUCGUCGCGAGCGCAUGCCUGGCGGUUACCAAGGGCGUAAUGAACCUGCUCGAGAUCUUCGCGAUGAUAGACUGUAUGAUCGCGCACCGCUUGAACAUGCACCUUUGAACGAUUAUCCUGUUGGGCGAGAACGGCGGGAUGAUGGCCCUGGUGCCGCUCCGACUGGACCUCGCGGAGGGCGAAACGAACCUGCAGCGUCUGGGCGUGUCUCCCGUGAUAUGUUCAUGUCCUCAUCUGGACCAUCUCGUCCGUCUGGAUAUCAAGCUCAAGAUCCUAACUAUGGCCGGCUCAACCCUCCCAGCGACAAUGUCCCGUCCGGUCCGAGAAACCCGCACACAGAUCGACGGGAUCAGCGUUGGGAAGUGGCUGAUCAAGCCCAGCCUACCGCUCGAGCACCGCCUUCUGGACCCUCCCAACAGAAUGAACCGGGCGUCUAUCCCGACAGGAUGAAAGAGAUGAUGAGCGCGCCAGCGCUUCAAACCGAUGUUCAUCCCCCCAGCGGGCCUCGAGGGGUUGGACGGACACCUUCCGGGCCCGCGGCAUCGUCGCCUUCCACUCGCGGACCGCCCACAGGCCCAUCCUAUGGUGAUCGCGGCCCUCGAACUUCAGGACAUGCCUUGCGAGCCAUCAACAAUGUCCUAGGGCAGAAUCAAUCUUCCGGCGGUGGAUACAAUGACGUCAACCCGUCCACUCCAUCACUCCAGGUCCGGGGACGCGGUGCAGCUCGCGCGGGCGGUUUUCCCGAAGGUGGUCCCAAUAUGCCAAGUCCUGUGGGAUCAGGAUCUCACCCUGGUACGCCGAAUCCAUCCAUGAGACCGGACUUGCCACCCUCAAGGCAUGAUAGGGGUCCUCCGCCGGAUGACGGCAGAUACGACGCUCGCGGUCCUAGAGAUAGGGAGGGUCGGCGGAGCGAGAGGUCUGGGAGGCAGAGGAGUAGGUCGCCUGAGAGGGGGGAGAGGAAGGGGGAGGAGAGGGGUAGUCGGAAUGGGCCCCCUCCGGAGAGGUUCGCUCGGAAGGAAGAGCAGCAGGAUAGAGGUGGCGAGCGGGAGAGGGAGAGGGAGCCGCGCGGUUCGAGCGGUCGCGAUAAGAGGAGUUCUUCUGAUCGAGAUGGAGGAGGUCGGAGGGAGAGGGUGGAGAGAGAAGGUGGUGAGCAGCCGUCACGUGAUGGCGGGAGAGAGCGACGAGAGAGAUCUGGGAGGGGAGAUGAGGGAAGGAGUUUUGGGCAAGAGAUGGCUCCUGCGUCUUCUUCCCGGAGAGGUCCACCGCCACCGGGUCCAGGUGAAGCUCCGGCGUGGUCGGGAAAUGGUGGGCGCGGGGCGGAUUUCAGACAACAACAACAGCAACAGGGAGGAGAUAUGAGGAGGGGCGAGAGAAGAGCACCGAGAGAUGAGGCGAGGGAUAUGAGGAAGCGCGGUCCGCCGGGCGGAGAGGAACCGCCGAGUCAUAGGGAUCAGAAGAGGCCGAGGAGAUCCCAAGGCUAG